AUGGUGAGCGCCAAGGAAUCCGUGGAAGCCCCAAUCGCCGCGGCCCCGUCGUGGUGUACAGCAAGACCUACUGUCCGCAUUCCCCGCGACCAAAAUGCUGCUGACGCGACUUGGAGUCCGUUACAAAGUUGUGGAGCUGGACCAGCUCCCCACGGCAGCGAGCAGCAGCACGCUCGGGAGCAGAUCACGGGGCAAAAACCGUGCCCAACGCGUUUGUCGGGGGCAAGUCCAUUGGCGGAAACGCUGGCGUGCAAGAGCUGCACAAAGAGGGCAAGCUCGAGCCGCUACUUAAGCAGCACGGCGGGCUUUAAUUGUGUCCCACAAAGAAUCGACACUGCAUAUCCGUCGUAUUGGCGAUAA